AUGUGGUUCAGUAUUUUAUUUUGGACGAUAUUACUAAUUGGAACAAGUCUUUCAGCGCCUCAACUAGGCCCAGUGAUUGGCGGAACAGGACUCGGAGGAUGGAAUAGAGGAGGUUGGAACAAUCCAGGAGGAUGGAACAGAGGAGGUUGGAGCAAUCCAGGAGGAUGGAACAGAGGAGGUUGGAACAAUCCAGGAGGAUGGAAUAGAGGAGGUUGGAACAAUCCAGGACAGUGGAAUAAUCCAGGAGGAUGGAACAGAAGAGGUUGGAAUAAUCCAGGAGGAUGGAACCGAGGCGGUUGGAAUAAUCCAGGACAAUGGAACAGAGGUGGAAUGAAUCCGCUCGGAUGGGCUCAACCAGCUUUACAAAACUUUUUGGGCUAA